GGCACUGGGCAUGCUCAGUCGCCGGAGCCCGUGCUGGUCUCUAGUAGGAAGCUCGCGCGCUGCUCCCGCAGCUGAUCCGGGCGCGCCGGCGAGGGCAGGACUGGAGCCGAGCGAGGCGAGCGCCGCGCGCACUGCCGUUCAAAUACAAAGAUGUGUCCUCUUCCAUGAGAUUAUACCUGUCUGAGUUUUGGAAGACUCGUUUAUGAAGUGAUGGGAAUAUUUUCACUUGGCAGCUUAAUGGUCCAUGAAAUUGGUUGGAGCUGCCCUGGGUGAGCUGCAGACUCUAGCCAAGCAUGCUGUGGUCGGAUCUGCCCAGCCACGGAACAGAAACAUUUGCUGGAUGGAAAAUCCAUAAAAGAAAGCUCCUGUGAAACACUGAGACGGACGACACCUUCAGCAGAAUCAGCUAACCAUCUCACUAUCUUCUGAGUACCUGGGAGCUGUGGAGGCCCCUGCUAAAGUGCUGACUGUCACUAUGGGCAGACGGUACCCAGAGGCUCCCUGUCAUCCAGGCAGCUCAUAUUGCAAAUUAUAACCUAUUUCCUGCGCCACUGCUGACGCCCCUGAUCCAUGUCAGAAGUACUUCCAGCUGACUCUGGUGUCGACACCUUGGCAGUGUUUAUGGCCAGCAGCGGACCCACGGACAUCGCAAAUCGCAGCAGCCCAGUCACUCCACCAAACACCCUUAAUCUCCGUUCCUCUCACAAUGAACUAUUGAAUGCUGAAAUUAAACACUCAGACCCCAAGAACAGCACACCUCCCAAAUGCAGGAAAAAAUAUGCGCUAACUAACAUCCAGGCAGCGAUGGGCCUCUCGGAUCCUUCUGCACAGCCCCUGCUGGGAAAUAAUAGCUCUGCCAACAUCAAGCUGGUGAAAAAUGGGGAGAACCAGCUCCGGAAGGCUGCAGAGCAAGGGCAGCAAGACCCCAACAAAAACAUCAGCCCUGCUGCAGUCAUCAACAUAACUUCUGAGAAGUUAGAGGGCAAAGAGCCCCAUGCCCAGGAGCCCAUGGGCUGUGAGAUUGUGCCCGCCCAGCCCAGGAGAACUAAGAGCUUCCUCAAUUACUAUGCAGACCUGGAAACCUCAGCCCGAGAACUGGAGCAGAACCUGGGCAACCAUCAAGGGCUUGGGGAGGAAAAGGCCCAGCCGGGCCCGGAUCAGGCCCCUGCCGUCAUUGGGAAUGGAGAUUUACUGCUGCAGAAACCAAACAAACCCCAGUCCAGUCCAGAAGAUGGCCAGGUAGCCACUGUGUCCUCCAGCCCAGAGACCAAGAAGGAUCACCCAAAAACAGGGGCCAAAACUGACUGUGCACUCCAUCGGAUCCAGAACCUGGCCCCGAGCGACGAGGAGUCAAGCUGGACGACGCUGUCCCACGACAGCGCCUCCCCCAGCUCCCCAGAUGAAGCAGCAGACAUCUGGAAUGAUCACUCAUUUCACACAGAUCCAGAUCUUCCGCCAGGCUGGAAAAGAAUCAGCGAUGUCGCUGGUACCUAUUACUGGCACAUCCCAACAGGAGCCACUCAAUGGGAACGGCCUGUCUCCAUCCCAGCAGAUCUUCAGGGUUCUAGGAAAGGGUCUCUUAGUUCUGUAACGCCAUCUCCCACCCCAGAGAAUGAGAAACAGCCAUGGAGUGAUUUUGCUGUUCUGAAUGGGGGAAAGAUUAAUAGUGACAUUUGGAAGGAUUUGCAUGCAGCCACAGUUAACCCUGAUCCCAGUUUAAAAGAAUUUGAAGGAGCGACACUACGCUAUGCGUCUUUGAAACUCAGAAAUGCCCCUCAUGCUGACGAUGAUGAUUCUUGUAGUAUCAACAGUGACCCAGAAGCCAAGUGUUUUGCUGUACGCUCUCUGGGCUGGGUAGAGAUGGCAGAGGAGGAUCUCGCUCCUGGGAAAAGCAGUGUGGCUGUCAACAAUUGCAUCAGGCAGCUUUCAUACUGCAAAAACGACAUCCGAGACACAGUGGGCAUCUGGGGAGAGGGCAAGGACAUGUACCUGAUCCUGGAGAACGACAUGCUCAGCCUGGUGGACCCCAUGGACCGCACCGUGCUGCACUCCCAGCCCAUUGUGAGCAUCCGUGUGUGGGGCGUGGGCCGCGACAACGGCCGGGAUUUUGCUUAUGUAGCAAGAGAUAAAGACACGAGAAUUUUGAAAUGUCAUGUAUUUCGAUGUGAUACACCAGCAAAAGCCAUUGCCACAAGUCUCCACGAAAUCUGUUCCAAGAUUAUGGCCGAGCGGAAGAAUGCCAAAGCCCUGGCCUGCAGCUCCCUACAGGAGAGGACCAACGUGAAUCUCGAUGUCCCCUUGCAAGUAGAUUUUCCAACACCAAAGACUGAGCUCGUCCAGAAGUUCCACGUGCAGUAUUUGGGGAUGUUACCUGUAGACAGACCAGUUGGCAUGGAUACCCUGAACAGUGCCAUAGAAAGUCUUAUGACCUCAUCUAACCAGGAGGAUUGGCCAUCAGUGAACAUGAAUGUAGCCGAUGCCACGGUGACAGUCAUCAGUGAGAAGAAUGAAGAGGAGGUCUUGGUGGAGUGCCGAGUGCGAUUUCUGUCCUUCAUGGGCGUCGGCAAGGACAUCCACACGUUUGCCUUCAUCAUGGACACCGGGAGCCAGCGCUUCGAGUGCCACGUGUUCUGGUGCGAGCCCAACGCCGCCAACGUGUCCGAGGCGGUCCAGGCUGCCUGCAUGUUACGCUAUCAGAAGUGCUUGGUAGCCAGGCCACCUUCACAGAAAGUCCGACCACCUCCUCCACCAGCGGACUCGGUGACCAGAAGAGUCACAAGCAAUGUAAAGCGAGGGGUCUUGUCCCUCAUUGACACUUUGAAACAGAAACGUCCUGUCUCGGAAACACCCUAGCUACACACGUGCAGGCACUCUGCUGUCUGCCGAAGACUGAAGAGCUCCACUAGAGAAAAGGAACUGAUCCCCAGCCUUCCAUUCAGUCGCCGAAGCUUUGUCUGCAGAGAGUUUAUCUGUAACCAAACAGUGUUAGACAAGCAUGUUCUCUGUCUUGCCACCACCAUGUGAUAUGAAAAGAAGCAUGAAUACUUUUUUUUGCUGUAAGUUACAUCAUGAGCAGUGGAAGGUCUCUCUUAUUGUACAUAUUGUGGACGUGACUUGGCUUCACACGGGAAGAGAAAUGUGGCCACGGCCGCCUGGUGAACUAACACUGUGUCCUUGGAGCUGAUGAUGCCGGAGUCUGUUUUUCCAGCUUCUCAACUGUGUCACCAAGCAACUCUCAGUCCUGCAGGACCUUGUCCAUUUUCAGCCUUGGAAACACGGGGAUCGCUGCAGAACAGACGCCACUGAAUUGCUGGAAACACAGGACGGGUUUUAGUUUUCCAUAAAAAUUGAACCUGUUGGUUGACAAAAUUGGCUAUUGGCAUCAGUGUAGCAAUCAAUGGGCAGCUUUCCCUGACGAGCUGUGACACGUGGACCCCAUUUCAUGUCUACCGCUGUUUGUGGGAUGUUAGGGGGGAAAAGUGAACUUCAAAAUUAAUGAAAAUCUAAAUUUAGGGAAUUAAAAUCGAACAAAAACAUAGCCUUUUCAGAUGGUUUUCAAACUGAUUAUUUUAAAAAAGAGAUGAAUAAGAUCCUAAUGCAUUUUGGGUGGGAUAUAUUCCAAACUUCUGCCUUACAUUGUACAAUGCAGCUAGAGAAUUAUAGUUCACUAUGGUCAUUCUCUGCACAAACAUUAGGUGAAAUAUUCCUCAUAAACCUCUCAUCCUUAGUUUGACAAUUAGCCAAUAUGCAAUUUAGAGUUGAGGAAAUGUCAUUUAUAUCAAUCAUUAUUAUUUUAGAUUUCCACUACCACAUUAUUUUUGUUAGUACACAUCAGAAGGUAAAUGUUCUGCUAGAAUUCCCAAUUUAGCUCAUUUGUAUUCUAUUUUUUUUUGUCCAGAAAGUUUUCUGUCCAUUACAUAUUGUCCAUGGCAACAAAUUACAUUUAGUUGAAGCUUUCUUGAACUUACGUAUUUAACAUUAGAAUUUGUUAGAUCCAACAGGAUUAUUUUAAAAUUUAUAUUUUUUCCAUUUUAUUUUAAAGACUUAAAAUUUUCAUGUCAGAGUGAAGUAUACACAGGAAUAAUGGACUAUUUAACAGUUUCCCAAUAUAACGUUUUCCUGCUUUUUAUGUGGUUGAGAAACUUAGCUAUAAAGAUACACAAAUUUAGAUUCCUGUUGACACUGUUUUAAAAGGAAGUUGCUAAGGUGAUCCAUCUCAAUAUUAGUCUUGUUUACUUUGUAAUGUCAAAAUUAACGUUUACAACAUCCAGUUUUAAAAGUAACACUUUCCGUUUAUAGACGGCUUUGUACUCGUCAAAACGGUUUCCAUAUCCUUAUCACAUUUGAGCCUUAUAUGGUAGAAAGGUACUAGACACAUUGAAGAAGUAAAAUACAGUACCAAGAGGCUAACUCAGCAGGCCUAAGAUCUCACCAAAGCUCAUGAGGGCGGCGGCAGGACCCAUGCCUCCAGCCCAGCUCUUGUGCCCCCCCCCACCCUUUCCCAGUGACUCUGGGCAUCCACAACGAGCAGACAUGGAGACUGUCACUGUCAGGCGGUCUCAGAAUUCUCCGCACAGGCAGGGAAGCCUGGCUAGGUUACUCAGGCAGUGGCAUUAAAUCCAUCACAAACGAGCGCCUUCUCACAGUUUGGGGCUGCUUGCUAUGCUGCGCCUCAAACGCGCUGCAGAAGGCCGGCAUCCAACACGGUGCACCCUGAGUAUUUUCCAGAGGUGAUGGUCCUUGUGGCAGAGGUGCUCCUCACCAUGGCCUUUACCUGCCAGAACAUGAUUGCAGGAGUAGGAGACCUGUGCCUGCCAUGGAGGGGGGUAAAGCAGGGCAGGCAGUGUCUGCUGACACCCUGAUGUCGUAAUAGAAAUAAUGCUACUUUAAAAUUUCAUCAUGCACAGCGCCUGCUUGGCAAGCGCAAGGUCCUGAGUUUGAUUCCAGGUACCAAAAAAAAAAAAAAAAAGGAAAGAAACGCAUUGUGCUUCUCGCCAACUUGCAUAUUGUUCUCUCUGAAGUAACCAGUGCCAUUGUGGGCAAUCGCUGCAUUAUGAAAAUCUUACUGUGCCCUGUGAAUUGCUGUUCAAAAUUCAGUUGGGAUGAUCUUUCCUCUUGAUCUCCCCGUGAGACAUUUUAGUGUGACACACUUCAAUAGUCUAAACAAGUAACCCACUUUUCUACAGGAAAUCGCUACAGAACCUGCUUGUUCAUUUUUUAAGGCAUAUGUUUGUUUGUUUUCAGGAUCAAGAACACUGAGCUAGCUUUAAGUAGCAAACUGAUUUAUAUAUGCAAUUAUAGGAUGCAGUAAGAUGAAUGAUAGCCUUUACAUGUCAAAAACUUUACUGCAGAUACUUUGUUUUGAAAAUGGCUUUGCAUACUAAAUGCAGAUUAAUUGUGUAAAAUUUAUUAUGUUAAACAGUAUGUUCAGACACUUUCUGCCAUGGCCAAAAAGUCUGUGUGAAGUAUGUGUGUGUCUGUCCGUGAAAAGAUGCCAAUGUUUUACCUGGGAACUUAGUAGUGACACUUCAGUUACCUAUGCAUUCUUUAUAUUUGUGAUUCGGUAAACAGGCAGCCAUGUUCACUAUGCCUUGUAUCUCUUAUCAUUUUUUAAAUUAACCUGUUAACUACAGCUUAAAAUAUUUUUAUUUUAUUUAUUCUAUUUUUACUGAAAUAUACUGGAUAUUACGUCUCAAUGUAUCCAGGCCUAAGUAAUCUCAGUGAACUAUACGUUGCCUAAUGGUGGUUUUGUAAUGAUUUGUAGUCACAUUUCUAUUGGAAUAUGUAGAAGAAAAGGCAAAAUGCUUAAAGUUCCUUUUAUUUUAUAAGAGCAGCUAGCUAGACGCAGUCCUUGGCCACGUCAAGAGCAACAGCCAACAUGCCUGUGGCUAAGAACUUCACUUUGUAGACUAAAGCACUGUGCCGUGCUUUUUUAUAACCUUCACAGCGCGUGUGAUUUCAUCAAAAGGUGUAUACAUAUAUCCACCUCCCUUUGUUCUCACCUGGUUAUGAGAUCACCCAAAAUUAACUAGGGCCAUCAUUUUUUGUCUGUCUUACUGCAUGCAGGGACAUUAGACUCAUUUCCAUUAAAACAAGUUCUUGGUGAUAAACUCUUGGCACUGCUACUUUUUUUCAAUCCAUGUUCUGAGUUGAAGAUGGACACCUGUAAGCAUCCAUGAGGCCAUGUACCAGCAGCUCCCAAGCUUGUUUCUUGAAACAUUUGUGUCAAUUCAUUGGAUGAGCUUUGCAACACAAGAUGCCCUGAACAACACAGAAAACACAUCCCUAACUGAUAGGAGCACAAUUUAACAGGACCAUUAGCUCUCCAAUUGGCCAGGCUUAACCUAAAUCACAUCUAACACAGGUUUACCGCCAGUAAAAUGAAGUUACUGCAGCUUCAGGGCAAAGAUUCUCACACCACAAAGAAGCAGUCCCUGGCAUUGGAGCAGCCUGUUCGCCCCAAAAGGACAUUUUAUUUUCCUUUUUUAAAACCCCUUUUGCUGUUGACCACUUUUACACAUUUAAAUGUAAUGUGUUGUGAGAAUAAACUUAGCUGCAUAAAGAUGUUCGGCUCAUUGAUCUGACAACUCAGUUGUAUGUAUGAGAAAUAGAAAUAUACACGGCAUCUCUACACUAGUCAUUUUAUUUUAUCAUCAAAUGUUUUAGAAAUCCAACAUGAUUGUAAUGAAAGAUUCAGCUCUGAUUAAUGAUUGUGUCUCUCUACCUGGUAAGAAAUGGAAAGUAAAUUUUGAGUAAUUACCCGGGCUUUGUUUGGUGCUGUGGAAAGACAGCAGGCGUUCUGGACACAGAAGCCUACGCAGUCACCAAUGUAGCAGUCUUUCUAGAAUUAAACUGUUUGCACAAGGGAGCUUAUUAGGAAACUAACCAGAGAAUGACGGACAGAAUGUAUAGGCGCUAAAUCCGAAAUGAAAGGUCGCUGGGAACUCGGCCGUGGGUCAGCAGAAGUGCAGACCCGAAAAGCGAGGGACAGGGACGCACCCCCCCGAGUUCUCUGCUGUCAAGGCAAUGACUCAAGGAACAAAAGUUCAUUUUGGUAUUGCGGUUUUCACAGUUGUAGACGGUUUCAGAUAAAAACCCAAAUUUGUUAUUGGAAUAUCUAAUUAUAGAUUGAUUGUUUUAGACUUUUGCAAUACUUUUAAAAGUUCAAGCAACUGAAAUGCCACAGGAAAAGACCCAUAUUAUCAAGUCUUUACUGAAAUUCUUGUUUUGCUGUUACCCUUAAAAAGUUACCCUUUUUAUUCUAUCAGUGUAUUUAAAUAACUGGUCUUGUCCUCCUUAAAAAUUCUCAAUGAGUAAAAUUCAGGUUUCAUUAAUGAACAGUUUGGUUCAGAACCUUCAUAAGCUUUUAAAGAGGAAAACAAUUUAGUGCCAAGAUGGACAGCUGGAGAUGUGAGUCUGAGCUGUGACAUAAGUCCCAGGUGCUCUGGGGAUUAGAAAGCACCCUGGGCUAUUUCAAAAUACAGCACAGAAAAUGGACUGGAAAAUGCAGAUCCCAGACCUGUUACUUUCAGACAUGGGACACUUUUCAGCCUUGGGUAGUGGGGAGGGCAGGAAAAGGGUAAGGUUUCUCCUUACUGAACAGUGCUAAAGUGGCUGCAAUGCCCUGCUGUGGAUGUUAAGGUGCUCUAAAUCAGAUGUGGGUGGAGAUACAGCAUGUUUCCAUGCUGCAAUUUGAAGUACAUCAUUUCUGAUACUUUUAGUAAAAUAAGCUGAGCAUUUAAAACAUGCCUGCAUUUUUUCAAGAAUCAUAAGUACCAUAACAAUUUUGGGAUUUUAAAUUAUAAGGCUGAUUCAAGUAAAACAUCUUUGUUCACUUAAAGACUGUCCUGAAAAAUGUAAAUCUUCAGCUAAAAUACAAACAGUACUGUGAAAAUGAAAUUAAUCACUCUUCUUCCCACUUCAAGAAAUAGAAUAUUGAGCUGCAACAGACCUAAAUAUUCCACAAAAACCAUGUCACAUAAAUUGAGCAUUAAGAGUUUACUAAUACUUCCACACAACUGAAUUCUGGAAAUAAAACUUUAAACGCAAA